AUGGCGCCGCCGCCCCCGGGAUACCAGCCGCCGGCCGAUCCGAAUGUCGCAAAAUUUGCGCAGAAGAAGAAUGAAUGGCUGCGCACGCAACGCAAUCGGUUUGGCGAGAAGCGCAAAGCAGGAUUUGUCGAAACACAAAAGGCCGAUAUGCCACCAGAGCAUCUGCGAAAGAUUGUGCGAGAUAUUGGCGAUGUUUCACAGAAGAAAUUCACCAACGAGAAACGGAGCUACCUCGGUGCGCUCAAGUUCAUGCCUCAUGCCGUCCUCAAGCUGUUGGAAAACAUGCCGAUGCCUUGGGAGUCGGCAAGAGAAGUUAAGGUGCUUUAUCACGUCAACGGCUGUCUGACUUUAGUCAAUGAGACACCGCGUGUCAUCGAGCCUGUCUUCCACGCCCAAUGGGCAACGAUGUGGAUGUGCAUGCGUCGGGAGAAAAGUGACCGGAGACACUUCAAGCGGAUGCGAUUCCCCCCAUUCGAUGACGAAGAGCCGCCUCUUUCGUGGUCGGAAAACAUUGAAGAUGUUGAACCGUUGGAGCCCAUUCAGAUGGAACUGGACGAGGACGAAGAUGCUGCAGUUUAUGAGUGGCUCUACGACCACCGUCCUCUUCUCGAUACCCCGCAUGUGAAUGGUCCGAGCUACAAGAAGUGGAAUCUGUCUCUUCCCCAGAUGGCCACUCUCCAUCGACUUAGUCACCAGAUUCUGAGUGAUGUUGUUGACCAAAAUUAUUACCACAUGUUCGACUUGAACAGCUUCUUCACAGCCAAGGCCCUUAACGUCGCCAUUCCUGGUGGACCCCGUUUCGAGCCUUUGUACAAAGAUAUCGAUCCUAAUGACGAAGAUUUCAGCGAGUUCAACGCCAUUGACCGCAUCAUUUUCCGUGCCCCGAUUCGAACUGAGUACCGGGUCACCUUCCCUUUCCUCUACAAUACCCUGCCUCGAAGCGUUAAGGUCGCUUGGUACUCCCAUCCCCAGGUGGUCUACGUUCGCACCGAGGAUCCCAACCUGCCGGCUUUCUAUUUCGAUCCCGUCAUCAACCCGAUUUCCUCCCGCUCCGUCGCGCCUAAAAAUAUCACUGUCAGCCACGAAGACGAAAUCUUCGGGGCUGGCAAUAAUGAAGACGACGAAUUUGAGCUUCCGGGUGAGGUCCAGCCCUUCUUUGAUGACGAAGAACUUUACACAUCCGACACCGCGUCCGCCAUCGCCCUGUGGUGGGCCCCUCACCCAUUCGAUAAACGAUCCGGCAAGAUGGUUCGUGCACAAGAUGUGCCGUUGGUCAAGCAAUGGUACUUGGAGCACUGCCCACAGGGUCAGCCUGUCAAAGUCCGAGUCUCAUACCAGAAGAUGCUCAAGACCUACGUUCUCAACGAAUUGCACAAGGGUACACCUAAGGCUCAGAGCAAGCAGAAUCUCAUGAAGACUCUCAAAACGACCAAGUUCUUCCAGCAAACAACGAUCGACUGGGUUGAGGCCGGUUUGCAAGUUUGUCGCCAGGGUUUCAACAUGCUGAACUUGUUGAUUCACCGCAAGAAUUUGACUUACCUCCAUCUUGAUUACAACUUCAACUUGAAGCCUGUUAAGACAUUGACAACCAAGGAGCGUAAGAAGUCUCGCUUUGGAAAUGCUUUCCACUUGAUGCGUGAAAUUCUCCGGUUGACUAAGCUCAUCGUCGAUGCCCAAGUCCAAUACCGUCUGGGUAACAUCGAUGCCUUCCAACUCGCAGAUGGUAUUCUUUAUGCCUUCAACCACGUGGGCCAGCUUACCGGUAUGUAUCGGUACAAGUAUAAGCUGAUGCACCAGAUCCGUUCCUGCAAGGAUCUAAAGCAUUUGAUUUAUUACCGAUUCAACUCUGGCCCCGUUGGUAAGGGCCCUGGGUGUGGAUUCUGGGCGCCCGCUUGGCGAGUUUGGCUUUUCUUCAUGCGUGGUAUUAUUCCCCUGCUUGAGCGCUGGCUUGGAAACCUGCUCUCUCGUCAGUUUGAGGGUCGUCAUAGCAAGGGUGUUGCCAAAACGGUCACCAAGCAGCGUGUGGAGUCUCAUUUCGAUCUUGAAUUGCGUGCCUCGGUCAUGGCCGAUCUCAUGGACAUGAUGCCCGAAGGUAUCAAGCAAAACAAGGUCAACGUGGUUUUGCAACAUCUAUCAGAAGCCUGGAGAUGUUGGAAGAGUAACAUUCCAUGGAAGGUUCCCGGCCUCCCCGCACCAAUUGAGAACAUCAUUCUUCGUUACGUGAAAAGCAAGGCCGACUGGUGGAUCUCUGUCGCUCAUUACAACCGAGAGAGAAUCCGCCGUGGUGCCACGGUUGACAAGACUGUCGCAAAGAAGAACCUUGGUCGACUCACGCGUCUCUGGCUCAAGUCCGAGCAAGAGCGUCAGCACAACUAUAUGAAGGACGGCCCUUACGUUUCUUCUGAAGAGGGCGUCGCAAUUUACACCACCAUGGUUCACUGGCUGGAGUCUCGCAAGUUCUCCCCGAUUCCCUUCCCCAGUGUUUCCUACAAGCAUGACACCAAAAUUCUGAUCCUUGCACUCGAGCGGCUGCGCGAGUCAUACUCUGUGAAGGGUAGACUGAACCAAACCCAGCGAGAGGAAUUGGCUCUUAUUGAACAGGCCUACGAUUCCCCUGGCACAACAUUGGCGAGAAUCAAGCGAUUCCUCCUGACACAGAGAGCGUUCAAGGAGGUCAAGAUUGACAUGAACGAUAACUACAACAAUAUCAACCCUGUUUACGAUAUCGAGCCCAUCGAGAAGAUUACCGACGCUUAUUUGGACCAGUAUCUUUGGUACCAAGCGGAGCAGCGCCAUCUUUUCCCCGCUUGGAUCAAGCCCUCCGACUCUGAGGUUCCUCCUCUACUCACUUACAAGUGGACACAGGGCAUCAACAACCUGUCUAAUGUCUGGGAGACCGCGGAGGGCGAGACUAACGUGAUGAUCGAGACUGAGCUGUCCAAGGUCUAUGAAAAGAUUGACCUUACACUGCUGAACCGGCUGCUCCGUUUGAUCAUGGACCACAAUCUGGCUGACUACAUCACCGCGAAGAACAAUGUCCAACUCAGCUACAAGGACAUGAACCACACCAACAGCUAUGGACUGAUUCGCGGUCUUCAAUUCUCGGGCUUCGUGUUCCAGUACUACGGGUUGAUGAUCGAUUUGUUGCUCCUUGGUUUGCAGAGAGCUAGUGAAAUGGCUGGCCCUCCGGGAAGCCCCAACGAUUUCUUGCAAUUCAGAGAUCGUGCCACUGAGACAAGGCACCCCAUCCGUCUGUACACCCGUUACGUUGAUAAGAUUUGGGUCUUCUUCCGAUUCCAGGCCGAUGACUCCCGUGACCUGAUUCAGCGAUUCUUGACCGAGAAUCCUGACCCUAACUUUGAGAACGUCAUUGGAUACAAAAAUAAGAAGUGCUGGCCUCGCGAUUGUCGCAUGCGCUUGAUGCGUCACGAUGUCAACCUUGGUCGUGCUGUUUUCUGGGACAUGAAGAACCGCCUCCCAAGGUCCAUGACUACCAUUGACUGGGAUGAUACAUUCGCCAGCGUGUACAGUAAGGACAAUCCCAACUUGCUCUUCUCGAUGAAUGGAUUCGAAGUCCGGAUUCUCCCCAAGAUGCGGAAUAUGAACGAGGAAUUCUCGGUCAAAGACAGUGUUUGGUCCCUGGUUGAUAACUCCACCAAGGAGCGUACUGCACAUGCCUUCCUCCAGGUCACUGAAGAGGAUGUUCAAAAAUUCAACAAUCGCAUCCGACAAAUCCUUAUGUCCUCUGGUUCGACCACAUUCACUAAAAUUGCCAACAAGUGGAACACUGCUUUGAUUGCUCUUUUCACUUACUACCGCGAGGCUGCAGUGUCGACUGUCAACCUUCUCGAUACCAUCGUGAAAUGUGAAACUAAGAUCCAGACUCGUGUCAAGAUUGGUCUUAACUCUAAGAUGCCUUCUCGUUUCCCUCCGGCGGUCUUCUACACCCCCAAGGAGCUUGGAGGUCUCGGUAUGAUCUCUGGAUCUCACAUCCUCAUUCCCACCAGUGAUAAGCGCUGGUCCAAGCAGACCGACACUGGUAUCACCCACUUCCGAGCGGGUAUGUCUCAUGACGAGGAAACCUUGAUUCCAAAUAUCUUCCGAUACAUCAUUCCCUGGGAGGCCGAAUUCAUUGACUCUCAGCGUGUUUGGAUGGAAUACUCGCAGAAGCGUAUGGAAGCCCAGCAGCAAAACCGCCGCCUAACAUUGGAGGAUCUAGAGGACAGCUGGGAUCGUGGUCUUCCCCGUAUCAACACUCUCUUCCAGAAGGAUCGAAGCACCCUCAGCUUCGACAAGGGCUUCCGACUUCGCGCUGAGUUCAAGCAAUACCAGCUGAUGAAGAGCAAUCCGUUCUGGUGGACUAGCCAGCGACACGACGGUAAACUCUGGAACCUCAAUGCCUAUCGCACUGAUGUUAUCCAAGCAUUGGGUGGUGUUGAAACAAUCCUCGAGCACACCUUGUUCAAGGCCACAGCUUUCCCAUCCUGGGAAGGUCUGUUCUGGGAAAAAGCGUGUCUCGCCAAGGGAACUCGUCUGUUGCGAUACGAUGGUACCAAGAUCAAUGUCGAGGAUGUGCGCGAAGGCGACCAACUUUUGGGUCCCGACGGAGAGCCUCGCCGUGCAUUCAACAUAGUGAAUGGCACCGACCGCCUGUACCGCAUCAAGAUCGGCGGUGAGAAAGAAGAUCUUGUGGUGACGCCGAAUCAUAUUCUGGUGCUUUAUAGAGACGAUGGGGCCUCCGAUAGUCCCCAAACCGCAGAAAGGCAAACGGUGGAGAUGACUGCUGCGGACUUUGCUGCCCUUUCUACCGAGGAAAGAGGCCUGCAUAGCGCCUUCACAUCUGGGUUUGAGAAGGGCGUCGAAAGUUCAGCUCCCAAGAUCCACAGUUUCAAGAUCGAGCACAUUAGCCUUGAACCCGAGAAGACCGAGUGGGCUGGUUUCCGAGUCGACAAAGAUCAGCUUUACCUGCGCCAUGAUUACCUUGUCCUGCAUAACAGUGGUUUCGAAGAAAGUAUGAAGUUCAAGAAGCUCACCAACGCUCAGCGGUCCGGUCUAAACCAGAUUCCUAACCGUCGAUUCACUCUCUGGUGGUCGCCGACCAUCAACCGCGCCAACGUCUACGUUGGUUUCCAGGUGCAACUUGAUCUGACUGGUAUCUUCUUGCACGGCAAGAUUCCCACCCUGAAAAUCUCGUUGAUUCAGAUUUUCCGUGCCCAUCUGUGGCAGAAGAUUCACGAAUCGGUUGUUAUGGAUCUGUGUCAAGUUCUGGAUCAGGAAUUGGAGCAGCUUGGCAUCGAGGCCGUUCAGAAGGAGACCAUUCACCCACGUAAAUCUUACAAGAUGAACAGCUCUUGUGCGGAUAUCCUGCUCUUCGCAACGAACAAAUGGAAUGUUACCCGACCUUCACUUGUGUUCGAUACCAAGGACGUCUACGAGCCGACCACCACAAACAAGUUCUGGAUCGAUGUGCAGCUCAGAUAUGGUGACUACGAUUCUCACGACAUUGAGCGGUACGUUCGUGCCAAGUACCUCGACUACACCACGGACAGCAUGAGUAUCUAUCCUUCUGCCACUGGAUUGAUGAUUGGCGUUGACCUUGCAUACAAUCUCUUUUCGGCAUAUGGACAGUACUUCCCAGGCCUCAAGACUCUGGUUCAACAGGCCAUGGCUAAAAUCAUGAAAGCCAACCCAGCUUUGUAUGUCCUGCGUGAGCGUAUACGCAAGGGUCUCCAGCUGUAUGCCUCGGAGAGCAGCCAGGAGUUCCUUAAUUCUCAGAACUACUCCGAGCUCUUCAGCCCGCAGAUUCAGCUCUUUAUCGAUGACACUAACGUUUACCGCGUCACGAUCCACAAGACCUUUGAGGGUAACUUGACCACCAAACCCAUUAACGGUGCAAUCUUUAUCUUCAACCCUCGGACUGGACAAUUGUUCCUGAAGAUCAUCCACACCAGUGUCUGGGCAGGCCAAAAGCGUCUGGGUCAGUUGGCCAAGUGGAAGACAGCCGAAGAAGUUGCAGCCCUCAUUCGGUCUCUCCCCGUGGAAGAGCAACCGAAGCAGCUCAUUGUCACCCGUAAGGGUCUUCUUGACCCUCUCGAGGUCCACUUGCUCGAUUUCCCCAAUAUCUCCAUUCGUGCAUCUGAGCUCCAGCUGCCCUUCCAGGCUGCCAUGAAGGUUGAGAAACUGGCCGAUAUGAUUCUCCGUGCGACCGAGCCUCAGAUGGUACUUUUCAACUUGUAUGAUGAGUGGCUCAAGUCCAUCUCGCCGUACACUGCCUUUUCUCGACUCAUUCUCAUUCUUCGAGCUCUGCACGUCAACAUCGACAAAGCCAAGAUCAUUCUUCGGCCCGAUAAGACCGUUAUCACUCAAGAACACCACAUCUGGCCAUCCCUGUCUGAUGAAGACUGGAUCAAGGUUGAAGUGCAAUUGCGUGAUCUGAUCUUAAACGAUUAUGGCAAGAAGAACAAUGUCAACGUGCAGAGUUUGACCAGUAGCGAGGUUCGUGAUAUUAUCCUGGGUAUGGAGAUUAGUGCGCCUUCUUUGCAGCGACAGCAGGCGGCGGAGAUCGAGAAGCAGCAAGAAGAGCAAAAGCAGCUCACUGCUGUGACAACCAAGACUCAGAACGCUCGUGGUGAGGACAUCAUCGUCACUACUACGUCUCAGUACGAACAGCAAUCAUUUGCAUCCAAGACAGAGUGGCGUACUCGUGCAAUCGCCACCUCCAACCUCCGGACGAGGGCUAACAACAUCUAUGUCUCAUCUGACGACAUUCGGGAUGAUGGCUACACCUAUAUCAUGCCUAAGAAUGUCCUCAAGCGAUUCAUCACCAUCGCCGAUCUCCGAGUGCAGGUCACGGGUUACAUCUACGGUAGCUCUCCACCAGACAAUGACCAGGUCAAGGAGGUCCGCACCAUUGUCAUGAUUCCACAAGUGGGUAACACCCGGGAUGUCCAGCUGCCACAUCAAUUGCCGCAGCACGACUAUCUCCAAAAUUUGGAGCCACUUGGUAUCAUCCAUACGGUUUCUGGCAAUGAACCGCCGUACAUGUCUGCGGCGGAUGUCACACAUCACGCACGCCUCAUGAACGCCCAUCCUUCGUGGGAUAAGAGGACCGUGACCAUGACCGUCUCUUUUACUCCUGGAUCCGUUUCACUUGCCGCCUGGGGUCUCACUCCGGCGGGCUACAAGUGGGGCGCAGAGAACAAGGACACAACCUCGGAUCAGCCCCAAGGCUUCUCUACCAACAUGGGUGAGAAGUGUCAGCUGCUCCUCAGUGACAAGAUCCGCGGCUAUUUCCUUGUGCCCGAGGAUAACGUCUGGAACUAUAGCUUCAUGGGUAGCUCCUUUGGUAGCGUGGAAAAGAGACCUAUCUACGUCAAGAUCGACACCCCGCUUAAGUUCUACGAUGACCAACACCGUCCCCUGCACUUCCAAAACUUCGCCGAGCUCGAAGACAUUUGGGUUGACCGGUCUGACAACUUUGCGUAA